CAAAACUCCAUAAUUAGACUCUCUCUUUUUGUUUAUUAACCAAACAUUCGAGGUUAUCAACGUGCGUUAAUACCCCAUCCUCGGUUUAUAAAAAAAUAAUUAAAUGAUAAAAAACAAAAAUAGAUUUGACUAAUUUUGCUAUAAAUAUCAAGUUGUAAGCAAACCAACCCGUCAUCAAAUUAUCUCCUUUACAUAUAAUUCUCCACUGAAGAAAACAUCAUAAAAAUGGCAAACUUCUCUGCUUUUCUCACGAUAACUCUCCUCCUUUGCUCAACGCUGAUGUGCACCGCCCGUCCCGACCCAACCUUUUCGGCCUCUAUCACAAUUGUUACAGCUGACCCACUGGACAAGAGCAUAGAAGGAAAGCUUGAUGAUGUGGCAGAAGAGAACUGUGGUGCUGACGACGAAGAUUGCUUAAUGAGGAGGUCUUUGGUUGCUCAUGUUGAUUACAUCUAUACCCAGAAACAGAAGAAGAAUCUUUGAUAUUUACUUUAAUUAUAUUUAACAAAGUAUUGCUAAUACACGUUUGUGAUUUGUGUGUCAUCCUUAAUUAGUAUCUUUCUAAUAGAUCAUCAAGAAAUUUUUAUGGCUGUGAUUAAUUGUUAUAUAGCUCUACUACCUACGCAAUCUUUUUUUUUGGACAAACAUAAUUUUUAUAAAUCACUACACUCCAUCCAUGGAGUAAUUGUUCAAAAUAGAUAACAACAAGGCCAAAACGGCUAAACAAACCGUUAUAACAGAGCGGAGAACAAACAUACAAAGGAUAGAAGCAAUUAUUACACCUAAGUAACUAAAGUCGUAGAGGAGUCCUCUAACCCCGACGUCAAAAUUGCAAGGCUUGAAAUGCUGGAGUGAGAUUUAAAUAGCACACUGAGUGAUCUAUAACCCGGGAUUAAAAUAACAACAGCUGUUGAGUGAACAAUCAGUAAAACGGCUGUUAAUGUAUUGGCGACAUGGCACUAAUUUACUAAGCCUUUACGAAGACGAGACAACAAAGUGUUUGUAAGCUUCAAGACAAUACUUCCUGCAACUCAACCACUAAACAGAAGUGGAUAGUAAAGGAAAAAAACAUGUUCCACAAAGAAAAAUGUUGAGAGAAUUACAAUACUUAACCGCUGAGUGGACAUCUCGAGGACUAAUUCUUCAACCUGCCACAAAGGAAGAGACAGCCACCUGAUAACAUCAAAGUCCAGAAUUAAUAGGAGUAGAGGUCUGCAUAGUGCGGUAAAAGGUUCCACAUGGACAACAAGUGUGUCACCAAUGUAUCCACAAGUCAUGGUCAGUCAGUUCAUGGAGUUAUUUUGAUCCAAACAACAUGUUGCUUGUAUGAUUAAUUGAACAAUGCAAAUUGAUGUCCUCAGUCCUCACUAAAACAUAUGUCACCGUUAAAAUUAGAAUGUAUAAAAACAUCAUGUAAUUAUUACAACAUGAUUAAAAAUUAAGAAUUAUAUAUUUAUUAGAUGUUUUGAAAACUCUCAUAUUCAAGUUGUGAA